CCUCAUCACGCUUGAUGAAAAAACAACUCGAUCAGAGAGAGAGAGAGAGAGAGAGAGAGAGAGAGAGAGAGAGGGAGAUGGAUUUGUUAAUCUAUACUCAUUUCUUGAUUCCCUCCACUCGACCGGUUAACGGGUGAUUAGGCUUUUACUUCCGGUUUCAGUAGAAGAGCUCUACUAUGAAUUUCUGGAACUGGGUUUCUGCCUAGCCGUAUCAAUGCCUGCAAUAUCAAUCCAAUCUUAUGCUCAUAAAACCAUCUCUAUAAAACCCAGUAAUUUUCGUUCUGGAGUCUCUGUAAAUCACUUUAGUUGCAGAAACAGUGUAUGCUGCCGUAUCAAUUAUGAUUCAAUACAGAAGCCCUUGUGGAGUGUCUCCGACAUAGCAGAAGCUGUGAACGGGAAAAUCGUGAAUUGGGGUCCCUCUGGAACUAUCUCUACAGAUAGCAGAAAUCUGAGGCCGGGUCAAUGGUUCUUCACCAUAGUUGGGAAAAACUUCGAUGCCCACAACUUUGUGAACCCUGAAUUGCGCAGUAAGGGAUGCAUUGGGGUCAUAGGAAAUCGAGUUUGUGAGGAAUGGGACAUGGGUUUUGUCCAAGUUGAGGAGAAUACUUUGAUUGCACUCGAGAAGAUGGCCAUGUAUGCCAGGAAGAGGUUUCAUGGUCAUGUGGUUGGAGUAACCGGUAGUGUGGGGAAGACGACUACAAGAACAAUGAUUGCUCUUGCACUUGAAAGCCUUGGUUCAGUUCAUCAGACGCAGGGGAACCAGAACAAUGAGAUUGGAGUUGCUUUAUCUUUAAUUGGGUUGCCUCAAAAUGUUAAGGUGUCGGUUCUGGAAUUAGGAAUGAGUGGGAAAGGAGAGAUAUUGAAGCUCACUAGGAUGUGUCAGCCUUGUUUGAGAGUGAUUUUAAAUGUGGGUCCUUCUCAUUUGGAGAAUUUUGAGAGUUUAGAGGAGAUUGCCAGAGCCAAAAGGGAGAUUCUUAUGGAGGCAAAGCCAGGGGAUGUAUGUGUUUUGAAUGCAGAUGAUCCUCGAGUCAUGAACCUUCCUGUUCCAGAAGGAGUUGAGAAAGUGUUUUUUGGCCGGAGAAUCGGUUGUGAUAUUCGGCUAGUCUCUGCUGAAAGUACUGAUGGUGGUAAUGGAGUUUGUGUAACUUUAGAAAGAAGUACAGAAGUGUAAGUUGUUGCUUCAAAGCUCAUAGGUACCUCAAUCAACUUUAUUUUUGUUCUGAAGUUGUAUUGAACCAAAUGUACUCAAAAAUCCUUUGGAGUCUGGACAUGACUGAUUGAACUUGAUUGCAACAACCAUAUCUUCUACCUGUAAUCCAAUUAUCAGGAUUUCAGAAGAAAGAAAAAAAUCAUUCUGAGGGCUGCUUGGUGGGUUGCUUAAUGAAUUUUGAGCCCCUCUCGGAGGUGUCAUGGGUUGGCUCCCAGAGACUUGAGCCAUCAACAUCCAGUUUUAGUUCAAGAGUUGAGAGAAUCUCUAAAUUUAAGGAGGGGCUGCAAGCCAAGAUAUUUCAUGGUCUUGAGUUGCCACUCAUUGGUUGGAGGACCUGGCUGGCUGCACUAAUCCAGCAUUUUCAUCAUAAAGUUUAAUAAUUAAUUUAGUAGAGAUUGCACAAUCAUCAUGUCUCUUUUUAAUCUUUUCAAUUUCAGUUUCUUGAUAUUAUAUAUAUAUAUACACUUGGUGAAUGGAAAAUAUAUUAAAGAAAAGAAAAAAAAAAACCAACAGCCAAGCUGGCUAGCCAAGGGGCAUACCCUAAAGAAAAGAAACAAAACAACCAUCAAAAGUAUGAUGCAUCAAAAGACGGGGGAGAAACAACUAACAAAAUGGAGGAUACAUAAAAAAAAUAAGGUUUGGGGGGGGGGGGGAGAAACAAAUCUUAAGGAUGAUAUAUCAAAAUCCAGGGGGAGAAAUAAGAGGAAUUCUAAUAGUGUUUGGGCUCACAUAAUGAAUGGGAAGAAAUCUGUUUCUGCUCUCAAAUGUGAUGGCUUCUCAGAUCUGCUCAAUAGAAUGCAUCAAGGAUUACCAUAUUUUUUUGUUUCUUUCCCACCAAACAUGAUGAAUUACAACACUAAAAGCCAACUUACCAAUGGUAUCACACGAUGAUUUGCCACUAAUUUUUUUCAAGAUAACCUCUAUUCUUUGUCGAAAUGAGGGAUAACUCUAGGGUUGGGCCAACACUUUCUAAGAAUACCUUUCGAGACAGAAAUAGAGAGAGGACAACAGAAAAAUAGGUGAUCCACACUUUCCAAGCAGUUCCAACAAAGGCAAUAAUUAGGGAUUGACAAAUUGCUCUGAGGAAGAAUCUUUUAAGUAUGAAACGAAUUGGUUAUAGCACUUCAAACGGUAAAACAAUGUUUUGGGAUAUUGGAGCUAAACCAAAGAAUCCUAUACCCUAGGAAACUCUAGGGUUUUUUUUAUCUUACCAAGUUCCAAGUAGAUGAAGAUGAGAAUUUCUUAGAAGAAUUAGUUAGCCAAUGGACUAUUGACUGGAGCUAAGCCAAAUCAUUGCCAGUAGACUUAAGAUGGUGAUUGAUGACCUUGUCAGUCAUAAUCAGGCAACUUUUAUCCCGAGUAGGAAUGUUGCUGACAACAUUUUUCUUUGUCAUGAAAUUUUAGGGGUUUUGAUAUGAUGAACCUCAUUGCUUUUGUUCUUCUUAAGUUGGACACGGCUUUUGAUUCCAUCAAAUGGUUUUAUAUUGACCAGCUUUUUCCUAGGAUGGACUUCCCUCUUAAUUUCAUUUUCUGGAUCCAUUGUGGCAUUUCUUUAACACAUUUCUCUGUCUUAGUCAAUGGAUCCCCUCAAGGUUUCUUUUAAGUUCAAAUUCGGGAUUUGCUAGGGUUUCCAUAUUUCUCCUCUCCUUUUCUCUAUUUCUAUGGAGGGUUUGUCUAGUAUUUUGAAGAACAAAAUUGAAGUGAAUUCCAUUUAGCCAAUUCCUAAAUGUAAGGCUUUGAAGAUCACUCAUUUAUCUUUUGGUGAUGAUCUUAUGAUCUUUGUUAAAGUCUCUCUCUCUCUCUCUCUCUCUCUCUCUCUCUCCUGUUUCUGCAAUCUUGGAUGCGUUACAUUCCUUUUUGCGAUGUUUGGUCUUCAUUAAUCGUAAAAAAUCUCUCUUCUUUGGAGGUUUUUCUAAAGAUUUGAAAGUUCAUUUGAAAAAUAUUCUUGGGUUCCCCAAAAGUUAUCUCUUGGUUACUUAUUUGGGGCUUAAGCUUGUUACUCAUCAUUGUUCUCCUAUUUUGGACAGGCUUAGAAAGAGACUCGAAUUAUGAAAGAAUCAAUUACUCUCCUUCAUAGGACGCCUUAAGCUUACUAAAUCAGUUAUGCAAAAUUCUUAUAUCUACUAGUUUGGAUUUUUUGGUCUCCCAACUUCUGUCACUACAAAUAUUGAGUUUCGUAUAUCCUCUUUUGUUUGGAAAGGUCAAGAAUUCUCCAGAUUUCUUCAUCCUUUGAGUUGGGCCAGAGUUUUCCUUCCUAAAGUUGAGGGUGGCCUUAGUUUCAUAAAGUUAAGAAAUCUAACAUUAAUGGGAUAAUUAAGCUUAUUUGGAAUAUUACUUCAAAAAAGAACAUUUGGGUUGACUUGGUUUACUCCAUUUAUCUCAAGUCUGAUUUCAUUUGGACUAUUUCUUGCUCUUAGGAUACUUUUUUGGCUUCGCAAAAGAUUUUAAAAUAUAGGCAUCUUGUUUCUGAUCACAUCCAUCCAUCUCUUGAUGAUGGUUUUCAGACUUCUUCCUUCGGCUUAAUAAUUGGCAACCUGGUGGGUGCUCAUUUCUAAAUAUGGUGAUAAAAUUAGCUAUGAAGUUGGCAUUAACAGAUUUACUAAGGUGUCUUCCAUUCUUCAUGAUGGAUCUCAGUGUCCUGGCCCCAACAAUUCUUUUAAUCUCAUUGAGGUUUGGAGCAAGCUUCCUUCCAUUCGUUUAAGGCCUAGGGGUAGUAGAGAUUUAGUUUGUUGGGUUGCUAACUCUUCAAAAAAAUUCUCCUCCGACCUUGUGAGAUCUAGAGUCUCAAAAGUCCCCUCUUCAGGCUGGUUUGGUUUAGCUCUAGAAUUCCUAGACACCGUUUUAUUGUUUAGAGAGCUACUAACUAGAGUACUUUCCACUCGGGAGUUUCUUCUUCAGGGAAAAUAUGUCAAUUCCCAAUUGUUGUCUUUGUUGAAAUUCCUUGGAAAGCAUUGAUCA